AUGGCAGGAUUAAGCAGAGCAGAUACUCUGCUGGGGUGUGUUUUGAUAAUAUCACUUAUCCUAUCAUCAUCAGUUUGUGCAAGUACUACUGCACCAGCUAGCAGCACCAUUGUUUGCAACGUAGAGAUGACAGAUCUCUUGGAAUGUCUUCCAGCAAUCACAGGGGCACGCCCACCUGCCCCCACUCGCCGUUGCUGCAAGGUCAUGCGUCGGGUCAACCUCCCCUGUCUCUGCCGUUACAAACCACAGCUCGCCAAGUUCGGUGCCAACCCUGUUGCUGCCAUGGCCAUUCCCAAGAGAUGCGGCAUGAAAUCUACACCAAAAUGCUAA